GGCCACGAGACAUCGUCUUUCGACUUGACAAAGUGAUUCACAGCCAAGACGUGAGUUAGCGCACGCUGCCGAGGGGAAAUAACAACCUGAGCGGGUUACCAAGGCGGUGACGACGCGCAGGACGAGGAGUCAGCGGAGGGAGUGGGCGGCUGACUUGUCGAUGAAGACCCUGUCCCAGACUGUGGACAGGUGAGCGUGUCCCUCAGCCGUUAGGUGAAGUGUAGUCAACGAGGUGUGCAUGAGUUCACACGCUUCUGCGAGGUUAGACAACAGGAGAAAACCGUGACAGCUACUACCUGCCCAAUGGAGAAAUAUGAAAAGCUGGCCAAAAUCGGCGAAGGUUCCUACGGUGUGGUGUUCAAAUGCAGACACAGAGACACCGGACAGAUAGUUGCCAUUAAGAAAUUUGUGGAAUCUGAAGACGACCCGGUCAUUAAGAAGAUUGCACUGCGAGAAAUACGCAUGCUGAAGCAGCUGAAACACGUCAAUCUGGUCAACCUGCUGGAGGUGUUCAGGAGGAAAAGGCGGCUGCACCUGGUGUUCGAGUUCUGUGAGCAGACCGUCCUCAACGAGCUGGACAGACACCCUCGAGGGGUACCUGAGGCUCAGCUGAAGAGUAUAGUGUGGCAGACGCUGCAGGCUGUGAACUUUUGCCACAAGCACAAUUGCAUCCACCGGGACGUAAAGCCCGAGAACAUCCUCCUCACCAAAACCGGAGUCAUCAAGCUCUGCGACUUUGGCUUCGCCCGCAUCCUGACAGGACCAGAGGAUGACUACACGGACUACGUAGCGACCCGCUGGUACCGGGCCCCUGAGCUGCUGGUCGGGGACACUCAGUACGGGCCCCCAGUAGACGUGUGGGCUCUGGGCUGCGUCUUUGCCGAGCUGCUACAUGGGAAUCCACUGUGGCCCGGGAAAUCUGACGUCGAUCAGCUCUACCUCAUCCGACAAACUUUAGGUGACCUGAUCCCUCGUCAUCAGCAGGUCUUCCGCUCCAAUGUUUUCUUCAGUGGAGUCAGUAUUCCUGAACCCGACACGACGGAGCCCUUGGAAAAGCGCUUCCAUGGAGUUUCUCCUCAUGCCCUCCAGAUUAUGAAGUCAUGCCUGGUGAUGGACCCCUCUCUCCGGCUGUCCUGCGAAGAGCUACUGGAGCUGCCUUACUUCCAGGAGGAGGGAGGGGCCAGCUGGGGCCGUGAUGGCGAGCGCCCAGGGAGGCGGCACGACAAAGGCUCCCGACGCCGGCAGGCAGGGGCUCAGUACCUGCCUCAGCUACCCAACAGCAACAUCUCACCAGCGCCGGACGUCAAGAAACAGGUGAAGCAGAAAUAUCACCUGCCCAACAUUUAACGAAGCAGCGCGUCGAUCUGCAAGUUGAACUGAGAAAGAUGGACUGGCGCUAUGCUAUGUGCAAUCAUUUGAAUACAGUUGCAUAUAUUCUGGGUGUGACGGUGAGACAGCGUAUUUUAAUUCUGCGGUCACUUUCACUUGUAGUGUUUGUUGACAUUAUUAUCACUUUGCACAACGCACAAUAAUUAGAACAUUUGAAGGUUGCAGGUUAGGAAACACAUUUAGGCUACAGUGAUUUUUACCAAAGAAUACAGUAAGUGACAGCACUGAAGACACCUUGAGCACCGCAUUUUCACAUCUCUACAAAACCACAGUAAAUAUCCUACUGAAGUCAUCAGUGUGCCAUCAUCGCUUGGACAAGAGUACUACAGUUUUCUUCUUUUCUGGUACCUGAACGCCACGCAGGUUCGUUCUGGCUACAAAACCUAUACUACAUGUUAGGAUUCACCUGUUAAAUUAGACAGUCAAGAAAACGACAUUUUUAAUUAUCAUUAUUUUCUCAUAUUUUAUUACAAACGAAUGAACGAAUGUUUUAGCUUCAGGUUUACUACACAUGUUGUAUAUUUUGUAUCGUAAUUCCACCCAAAAUAUAAAUAUAUGAUACAAUACCAUAUAAUCCUGUAUAGUUGAUGUUUACUUCCUGUUGUUCUACUUAAGGCUCAGGUCGGUGCUCUCAGUAAUCUGAUGAGUUCUUAACACAUUGCAGCCUCAGUCUUUGACAACAGUCCUCAGUCUCACAUGGACAUUGACUCUGUUGCUCAGACACAAGACAGAAAUACGCUGGGGACAUCCGUCAACACCCUGACAGGCUGACACACAGCUUGACCAAUCACCUGACCUUGAACUCAUCAAAUUACAGAUGAAGCUCCCUGCUGUACGUCAGUGUAAACCAGGAUGCUAACCUGGGGUUACGUAUCCUCCAGUCAGUCACAAGAAACGUUCGGUAUUUAUUGCAUAAUCAGUAAAAAAUAAAGUAGAAUACAAUUCUUUACAUUCUUCUUUAAGUUUCCAUU